UGAAUGUGUUAGUCAGUAGGACAGAUCAUCAUCAGGCUGAAAGAUCCUCAUCGCUGACUGAGAGGGUUUGGUGUGACGUCUCUGGGCGUUCACCGCCGCUGUUGGUAUAAAGUGCGCGUUCACGCUGCCAGUGCGUCGCCGUGCACCACCCACCAGGAAGAGCAGGUCUCACAGGGAAGAACCUCCGUAUAUUGGGCAUUCAUCGAUAUCCACCAUGGAUAGUCUGAUUAAGGCUAAUGGCACCUUCGCCCUGGACCUGUACCGGAUCUUGAGUGACAGUAACCCAUUAGGGAACAUGUUCUUUUCACCACUGAGCAUCAGCGCAGCACUCAGUAUGGUCUACUUAGGAGCAAGAGGGACCACUGCUAAAGAAAUGGCUAAGGUCAUGUCCUUCAGUUCACUCCCUGAUGUUCACAGUCAUUUCAAGAACCUCAACUCUGCAAUAAACAGCCCCAAAGCCUCCUACAUCCUCAGGCUAGCCAACAGGCUCUAUGGAGAGAAGAACUUCAAAUUCUUACCUGAGUUUGUGGAGUCUACUCAGCAGCUGUACCAAGCUGACCUGCAGGCAGUAGACUUCAUUGGAGAAUCAGAUGAGUCACGGAAGCUUAUCAACCAUUGGGUAGAAGAGCAGACAGAGAGUAAAAUCAAAGAUCUUCUGAAGCCAGGCAUGGUCACUGCAAUGACUCGACUUGCCCUAGUCAAUGCUAUCUAUUUUAAAGGCAACUGGCUGCAGAAAUUUAAUGCUGAAGAUACCAAAGAGGUGCCCUUUAAGAUAAAUCAGAAUGAGAGGAAACCGGUGCAGAUGAUGUGCCAGAUGCACAAGUUCCCCUUCGCGUACGUCCCUGAGUACAAACUGCAGGUGCUGGAGUUGCCAUAUGUGCAGGAAGAGCUCAGUAUGCUGGUGCUUCUUCCACAGGAGGCUGAGGAUGGCUCUGACUCACUCCAGAAGCUGGAGAGUGAGCUGACACUAGACAAGCUGCGCGAGUGGACCAACCGAGAAAACAUGGAUACGGGAACAGACAUCAUCGUCCAUCUGCCAAAAUUUAAACUGGAGGAGGAGAGCUCUCUAGAGGAGGUGUUGACCAAGAUGGGCAUGAGCUCUUUGUUCCAGGCCGCUGCUGCAGAUCUGACAGGGAUGAGCAGUGACGGGGGCCUGUAUUUGUCGGCAGUGGCCCACAAAGCCUUUGUGGAGGUGAAUGAGGAAGGCACAGAGGCCGCAGCAGCCACAGCUGGCAAUGCUUUCUGCAUGUUGCGUGAGGAGUACUUCAUUGCAGACCACCCCUUCCUGUUUUUCAUCAGACAUAACCCCACUAACAGCAUCCUCUUUCUUGGCAGAUUCAGAGGCCCACAAUAAAGAUGUAGUAUUCUCUUAUGCCAUGAAAAAUGAAUGGUUUUAAAAUGUUUUCAUUAAAAACAUAAAAAAUAAUAACUGCAGUUAAAAAACUAA